UCAGAAUUCAGUGGCUUUUGUCCAUACUAAUACAAGUCUCCAGUGAUCAAUCAGUGCUCUGCGCUGAAUCUAUUUGCUCAAACUUGUUGGAAGCCAUGAGCACCAUGACUGAUUUCCAGUACUACUUCAUCUGCUUGAUCCUCUGCUUCCUCUCCACCAUCUUGAUCAAAUCCUUCUUCAACAAACCCACCAAGCAAACCACCACUCUCUGCCUCCCUCCUAGUCCACCGGCUUUGCCGGUCAUCGGUCACCUUCACCUCCUCUCCUCCUCCUUGUCCAAGUCCUUGCACAACCUCUCCACCAAGUAUGGUCCUCUCCUCCUAGUCCGGUUCGGCGCUUCUCGGAUGCUAGUGGUUUCGUCAGCCUCCAUGGCUACUGAAAUCUUCAAAACUCACGAUCUCACUUUUGCUUCUCGUCCCUCAUUUGCUUUUGCUGACGAGUUGCCGUACGGAAACUUGGGAUUCUUUGCCACCCCAUAUGGUGACUAUUGGAGGUUCAUGAAGAAGCUUUGCAUGACAGAACUGCUCUCACCCAAGCAAAUAGAAAGGUCACGCGCCAUUCGACAUGCAGAGGUUGCAAAGUUUUUGAGGAAAAUGUUGGAGAGUGCUACGAGGAAAGAGAUGGUUGAUGUGGGUGCGGAGCUGAUGAGGCUUACAAACAACAGUAUAUGCAGGAUGGCUAUGAGCACUAGUUGUUCAGAGAAUGGUGAGGAAGCUGAAAUCAGGGAGUUGGUAAAAGAAUCAUUUGAGUUGGCUGCAAAGGUUUGUUUUGGGGAUGUGUUGGGCCCACUGAAGAGGUUGGGUUUCUGGGUUUAUGGGAAGCAGCUCAUGGAUGUGACCAUGGGGUAUGAUAAACUUUUAGAGGGGAUGCUGAAGCAGCAUGAAGAGAGAGCAGAGAGAGAGGGUUGGGAUAGAGAAGAUAAAGAUCUGAUGGAUAUACUAUUGAAGGCCUAUCAAGAUGAAAAAGCUGAGGUCAAGAUUUCCAGAACUCAUGUGAAGGCUUUCUUGCUUGAUCUUUUCAUCGGAGGUACUGCUACCACAGCAGAGGCCAUGCAAUGGGCAGUAGCUGAGCUCAUCAACCAUCCCAACAUAUUCAACAAGCUCAGGGUGGAGAUAAAAUCGGUUGUUGGUAGUAGACUAGUUGAGGAAUCGGAUGUUGGAAACCUCCCCUACUUGCAGGCAGUGAUAAAAGAAACACUAAGAUUACACCCACCAGUGCCUUUGUCAACAAGAGAGAGCCGCCAAGCUUGUAAAAUAAAAGAGUUUGAUAUACCAGAAAAGACUGCAGUAGCAAUCAACCAGUAUGCUAUAAUGAGAGAUCCAGAGUUAUGGGACAAUCCAGAUGACUUUAGGCCAGAGAGGUUUUUGUCUCCUGAAGAGAAACCAGAUGGGGAAAUGAAUCAGAAAGAGACUAGAGGACAGAAUUUUCAAUAUGUUCCAUUUGGAUCGGGAAGGAGAAGGUGUCCUGGCUCGAAUUUGGCAACCAUCUUGUUGAAUACUUCAAUUGCUGCCAUGGUUCAAAGCUUUGAUUGGAAAGUUGGAGAUGGAAAUGAGGGUAAGGUUAAUAUGCAAGUUGGCGCAGGCAUGUCUUUGCCCAUGGCUCACCCACUUAUACUUUUACCUGUUGAUCACUUCAACCCAUUUGCGUCUUCAACAUAGUUCUAUGGGUAUUUGUGUUACUCAGUACAAGAUAACGAAAUUUGAUCAUAGACUUCUUACAUGCCACUCCAUGUUUAGUAUGCCAUUGCGAAAAGUAUACGAAGUAUAAUGUGUUCUUAUAAAUGAUUUCUCUAAAAGGUAACUCUGGAUCCUAGCAUAAGUGGUUUUAUUUUCAAGAAAUUGAGAUACAAUUGGAGGGCAAAAUUCUUAAUUUCUCCCCGACUCUUA